GCCCAGCCCUAAUCUAAGUUCCGUUUUGAAAAUAUGUAUAUAUGGGGAUGUAACUUAACGGACCAGACUGCAAUUUGUUGCGUUAUACUCUUUCCCGCCAAAACCUCCACUAUUACUCAGCCCUACAUCUCAUUUUCCCGCCGUUCUCCAACAUUGCCACUCGAUCUCGUCUCUCUCUCUCUCUCACAAACAGUUAAGCUAUCGGAAAAAGCUGCUGGCGAAGAUAUGAAUGACCUCGACUUCAAACAGGACAAAGAAAUCGCGAGGGAUUUCCUCACAAAUUUUGCGGAUCCGAAUGGCGAGUCCAAAUAUAUGAAUGUCCUUCAAGAUGUAGCGAAUAGAAAGACUAAGGCCGUCCAGAUCGAGCUCGAAGACUUAAUUAAUUACAAGGACUUGGAUGAUGAAUUCUUGAGGCGUGUCACCGAAAAUGCUCGGCGUUACAUUGGCGUAUUUUCGGAGGCAAUUGAUGAAAUACUGCCUCAGCCAACAGAGGUUCUUCUGGAUGACGACCAUGAUAUUUUGAUGACCCAGAGGGCUGAGGAAGCAAAUGAGGGUUCUGGUGGCUCUGAUCCACAAAAGAGGAUGCCUUCUGAGAUCAAGAGAUAUUACGAAGUUUAUAUCAAAGCAUCUUCAAAAGGGCGGCCUUUCACAAUUAGGGAGGUCAAGGCUUCGUACAUUGGGCACCUUGUGAGGAUAUCGGGCAUUGUGACACGUUGCUCAGAUGUUAAACCGCUAAUGCAGGUGGCUGUCUAUACAUGUGAAACGUGUGGAUUUGAGAUCUAUCAGGAAGUAACUGCUCGAGUGUACAUGCCACUUUUUGAUUGCCCAUCUGAACAGUGCAAACUGAAUCAUGCCAAAGGGAACCUUAAUCCCCAACUGAGAGCAUCUAAAUUUUUGAAGUUUCAGGAGGCCAAAGUUCAAGAAUUAGCUGAGCAUGUUCCUAAAGGUCACAUUCCUCGAACGAUGACUGUUCAUUUCAGGGGGGAGCUCACAAGGAAGGUAGCUCCUGGAGAUAUUGUUGAACUAUCAGGGAUAUUUCUUCCAAUCCCAUACACUGGAUUUAGAGCGAUGCGAGCUGGUCUAAUUGCAGACACGUACCUAGAGGCCAUGUCUUAUCAGUUUGUUGAACUAAUUGAUUAUUUGAAUUUCAGAUACGAACUUGGAGGGGAUGAGGAGGAACAAAUUGCCCGUUUAGCUGAGGAUGGUGAUAUCUACAACAAAUUGGCUCGCUCACUGGCCCCAGAAAUAUUUGGUCAUGAAGAUGUGAAAAAAGCUCUUCUUCUUCUCCUAGUUGGUGCUCCUCACCGGAAGUUGAAAGAUGGGAUGAAGAUUAGAGGAGAUCUACACAUAUGCUUGAUGGGUGAUCCAGGUGUUGCGAAAAGCCAGCUUCUCAAACACAUAAUCAACGUUGCACCAAGAGGUGUGUACACGACUGGGAAAGGAAGCAGUGGAGUUGGUCUGACUGCAGCUGUUCAGAAGGAUCCAGUGACGAAUGAGUUUGUUCUGGAAGGAGGGGCCUUGGUACUCGCAGAUAUGGGUAUUUGCGCCAUUGAUGAGUUUGACAAAAUGGACGAAUCGGACCGUACGUCUAUACACGAAGUCAUGGAGCAGCAAACUGUUAGCAUUGCUAAAGCUGGUAUCACUACAUCUCUAAAUGCAAGGACUGCUGUUCUCGCUGCUGCUAAUCCUGCCUGGGGGAGAUAUGAUCUGAGAAGAACACCGGCCGAGAACAUUAAUCUGCCUCCCGCUCUUCUGUCAAGGUUUGAUCUCUUAUGGUUGAUCCUAGACCGAGCAGAUAUGGACACCGAUCUUGAGAUGGCAAGGCAUGUUCUGCACGUUCACCAGGCAAAGGAAUCUCCGGACUUAGGGUUCACUCCUCUCGAACCUUCAGUUCUUAGGGCAUACAUUUCUGCUGCAAGAAAGUUGUCUCCAGCUGUACCAAGAGACCUGGAGGAAUAUAUAGCAAGCGCUUAUUCUAGUAUCAGGCAAGAAGAGGCAAAAUCAAAAACCCCCCACUCUUACACAACUGUCAGAACAUUACUCAGCAUUCUAAGGAUAUCAGCAGCUUUGGCUAGACUCAGAUUCUCCGAGUAUGUUGCUCAAAGUGAUGUGGACGAGGCCCUUAGAUUGAUGCAAAUGUCAAAAUUCUCUUUGUACUCGGAUGAUCGUCAAAGAUCAGGCCUAGAUGCAAUUUCCGACAUUUAUUCAAUAUUGCGAGAUGAGGCUGCCAGAACCAACAAGGUGGAUGUGACUUAUGCCCAUGCUCUCAACUGGAUAUCGAGAAAGGGAUACAGCGAAGCUCAGUUGAAAGAAUGCUUGGAGGAAUAUGCAGCCUUGAAUGUGUGGCAGAUCCAUCCUAAUACGUUCGAUAUCCGUUUUAUAGAUGUUUAAAAGGACAAGUUUACUUAAAUUUCGUAGUCGUCAUGUAUGCUCCAGCAUAUGUUGAUAUCUCAAUUAUUCAAGGCGAAUUUAACUAGUUAGUCGAAGUUAUGUGCGAGUUAUUAUCUAUUAAAUGAAUACAUGUGACUAGAUUCUGAACGAUGCUGCAGUAAUCAAGUUAUGGUGUACGAUUGUUAGAUGUUUUUGGAGUCUUGAGGUGUUGUAAAACUCAACUCGAAUUCCUUGACCGCGUAAUGGUUUUUAAUUUUUAUGUACUGUGAUGCAGGCUUGUAAUUUACUUUUUGAGAUUUCUUCUUGUCAUAUGUGAAUAACUACUAAUUCUUUUCAACA